CUCUAGUGACUAGAAGAGGAUUAUCUUAUGAGAAUCUUUGUUCUUUUUGUUGGUCAAGAGGUAGAGAACAUUGAGCACGUUUUGAGGCUUUGUGUGGCAGCUAAGGAGGUUUGGAAUGCCAUACUCCCAGAUGUUGUUUGAGCAAAUUUUGGUUCUUGGCUGAUCUCCAAUUUAAUUUCCAAGUUGCGGUGUAAUGGACAUAGCUAAUCUUAAUUUGUUUUUUGGUGUGGCUAUUGAAUAUAUUUGGAAAAAUAGAAACUGCAGGAUUUUCGAAAAUAGAGUGGCAGGGGUGGUGGAGACUCUUUGAGCAUUGUGCAGAAUAGGAGGCUUCAAUUGUCUCCUUCGAUGGUUCCUUGUGAGUUCCCAAAUCCUAUAAAAUCCGAUGAUAAUAACCAUGCAAAAUGGAGAUAAGUAAAUCCGUCCUUGUUCCGGCCAGUUGCCAUCCCUGGCCCCAACCCCUUUCAUUUUUAAAUUUUUUUUGUCUCCCAAAACGCGGUCGUUCUAUUGUUCUUCCUCUACAACGGUGUUUAUAGUUUAACCCAAAUUACCGAAUUCUGAUCGGAUCAUCUCUAAACCCUAGAUGGACCUUCUGAAGCAAGAGCUUCUCAAGAAGCGCCAAUCCCUGGCGCAAGACACCGGCGGCAAGAAAUUCUUCAAGCGCUCCGAGAUCCAGCAGAAGGAAAUCCAAAAACUCCGCCAGCAAGAGAAGCGCGAAUUGGAAGCCAAGUCACUAAAGCGCCUCGCAACAUCCUCCGACACCGCCGCCACCGCCCCGUCCUCUUCAUCCACCGCCUCCUCCUCGGCCUCGUCCACUAUCGCCUCCGCCUCCGCCUCCCUCACCGACGAGCAAAACAUCGACAACCUCGUGCUCCCGAAACCCGAGGUCAUCCGCCGCCUCCGCUUCCUGAAGCAGCCGGUCACGCUCUUCGGAGAAGACGAUGACGCCAGGCUGGACCGCCUCAAGUACGUCCUCAAGGCCGGCGUCUUCGAGGUCGACAGCGACAUGACGGAGGGGCAGACCAACGAUUUCCUGCGAGAUAUUGCGGAGCUGAGGAAGCGCCAGAAGACCGGGAUCCUCGGCGAGAGGAAGCGCCAGAAGGCCGACGACGGUGCCGCUCAGGACCGUGAGGGUGGAGCCGGAGAUGAUGACUUGAGCGACUGCGGCAGCUCCGAAGGUGCCGAAGCGGACAAGGACUUGAAGCGGAUGAAGGCGAAUUUCGAGGAGCUUUGCGAUGAGGAUAAGAUUCUGGUGUUUUUCAAGAAGCUGUUGAAUGAGUGGAAGCAGGAGUUGCGCGAGAUGCCUGAGGCGGAGAAGCGCACGGCCAAGGGGAAGUCCAUGGUUGCCACGUUUAAGCAGUGUGCGCGUUACUUGAAUCCGCUGUUUAAGUUUUGCAGGAAGAAGGUUCUUCCGGAUGACAUUCGCCAGGCGCUAUUGCUGAUGGUUGAAUGCUGUAUGAAGAGAGAUUAUCUAGCUGCAAUGGACCAUUAUAUCAAGCUGGCCAUUGGGAAUGCACCCUGGCCUAUUGGUGUCACUAUGGUUGGUAUUCACGAAAGAUCUGCCCGUGAAAAGAUCUACACCAACAGUGUUGCUCACAUCAUGAAUGAUGAGACCACUCGCAAGUACUUGCAAUCUGUGAAGAGAUUAAUGACAUUUUGCCAACGCCGUUAUCCGACAUUGCCUUCUAAAGCUGUUGAGUUCAAUAGUUUGGCAAAUGGCAGUGAUUUGCAUUCACUUCUAGCAGAAGAGAGAUUUAGUGGGGGCAAUCAGGCUUCUGAAGAGAGGCUUAGGAUAAUGCCUGCUCCAAGAGACAUCUAGUUUUUAAUGUUUUGCUGAAAUGACAUCAUCGUAUGAUGCAUACUAUAUAUGUUUAAUUGCUAGAUACAGUCUGUUUGUGUCUCUUAUUGAUUGUAUAAAAGGAAAUGCAUCUUUUAAAAUGGCGAAAACAUGUAAAAUUCU